AUGAGCAGUCUAAACCCUGAAGGAAAAGCAACAUCGUCAGCUUGCUCUCAAAGUAGUGUGACUGUAAAUACUUCCGGGGUGGAAUUCGCGAAGAAUACUGGACCACACAAGUACACGGCCAAGAGAACACCAAGGUCUCUCCCGGGCUCUACUACCGCGACUAAUUUCUCACCCCUUCCACCAGUCCGACAUAUUUUAUCCAACUCAUCUUCUACGCGUGUCGCGCCCGUCGUGCCCACUGAUUCAGCAACAGCGGCCGCGUCUAAGCCUCCGCAUUUUGUUCCAUACGCCUCUCGUGCCCGCACACAUCAUGCUAGUACAAGGACAGACCUGUCCAUUCACACGCAAGUUUCACGAAAUUCGUUCCAGAGCAGGCAGCCAUGGUAUCCAGAUGGUAUUCAGAGUUCAUAUCAACAUGCAUCUCAGCCAGCAGGGCAGGUCUCUACGAUCUCGACCCGCACACGACGUGCGCUAGAUCCUCCGCCACUAGGUAGGGUUCGCAUGCCCAAUGACAACUUGUACGAGUUCACCUUCAGCGCACCAAUCAUGGAACAGCCGAAAUCAAUAGGCAGGAUACCAAUAGAGACUGUGCCAGUCAAGGCAUCCUAUUCACCAACGCCAACUAUUCCCAGAUCGCAGCCGCCGCCAAUAAGUUCCAGUCGGAAGGGGAACAGCUCAUAUUAUGGUCAGGUAUAUAUCGACUUGACACAGGAUGGCCCAAGCCUUGAUUCGGAACCUUCAGCAGCUACAAAUGGAGCAAAUCUUGCUCCCGUCCAAAAAGCCGAGCCGCUGCAGGUUGCCAGAGCUAACCGCCUGGGCGCAAAUAACAAAGUCAACCCACCGUCGCCAUCCAUAUCAGACGCAUCGUCUGACUUGCCAUCCACGAAUCAUAUAUGUCAAAUAGUGACUCGUGAUACUCCCCGCACUCCAGGCCAGAAACGAAAGCGCGAUGACAGGCCUCCAGAUCCCCUAAAUGGUGUUCAACAAGCCGCAGUUACCUCUUCUGCUAGUGCAAGUGUAAUCCAAGGAGUCGUCAAAGACACCGUUCGGCCUGCCUCGCAAGUUCCUCUUCAGGAGAACAUCACCACACCUGCAAAAAUCGCCGUUCAGAUGAAAGUUAAAUCAGUACAAUUUGACUCAUCUGCGUUUGACACAGCUCUAUAUCAGCAACCUGAUGCGGCACCUCCUCCUGCUGGGGUAGUGAUCGGUCCGCGUAUAGAAAACAAGCCCCCCUUAAGUCAGACGACUUACAUCUAUGCAAACCCAGCUAUCCAUGGAAUGCACAACAGGUCUAAAGCGUGGCACGAAAAAAAAGCCCUCGAGAUUCAGUCACGCGGCGGUCGCAAGUUCUGGUUUAGUAAAGUUUCUGCACGUCUGCGAUGGUUGCAGAGGAAGCGGAUUAGAUCUUCCAAAACGCAAGACGUAACCUGUGACCAGAUGCCAGAACGCGCUGAUCCAGAGCCAGGAGCCUAUAGGAGGCCUCUGGAUUUUGGGGAUGUGCCUGAGUCAAAACUCCCCGAAAAGGUACGGCAGAAUCCGGACUGGCUAAAAGCCUGCGAAUGGUUCAGACAGCAACAAAACUUACGAGACAUGCGGCUUCGCGAAUCUAAAAGAUGCGAGCAGGAAGCGAAUGAGUACUACAUGAUCCUAUCGCAGGGAGGGAUUCCGGACCUGGGAACGGAAGGUAGUGACCAAGCUCCAGUAUGA